AUGCCUUCAAACUACGAAAAGCUCUCCCGCCCUAGCGGCGAUACAACUUUGGCUGUCCCCGAAAAGGCUGCUUCCACAACGCUCACAGUCAACGAAACUCCUCGCGUCAGUACAACAUCGACGCCUCAAACAGACAAACUCAACCCCUUCGACACCGAUAUCGAAGCCAUGGUCACAAACACCCGAACAGAGUCAAACAUGCACAAAUCAUCCUGCAGCCCUCUUGCCAGCAAGACAGACUGCCAAGUUUGGCCAGGAAAGGAUCAUUGGAAGAAGCAGGCCAAGGCUGCAAAGGCAAAGAACCGCUGCACCUGUAUGGCCCACCUCAGCAAGCGCAAUCGCUGGAUUGUCAAGGGACUCAUCAUCCUUCUUGUCGUCGGAAUUGCUGUUGGUGUUGGUUUCGGUGUCAGCAAGCCACUCAACGCGCCCAUAUGGGGCGACGACAAAGAUAACAAGUAA